AUGGAAGAAGAUGGAGAGGAUCUCACCCCCUUUUGGGUCCAAAGCACCACCAAACUCCGCCGCUCCGACCGCCUCCGCCGCAGCGUCGCCGCCGUGUUCUUCAGCUCGGGGCUGGUGGUUUUCCUCAUGGUGGUAGCAGCUGUUUUUUUCUUGGCUUUUGUAGUGGCAUCCACCGUUUCAUUUAGUGCCACCAUAUUUAGGCCAAAUAGUGUCAAGAAAAGCUGGGAUUCUUUGAACAUUGCUCUUGUUUUAGUUGCUGUGGUUUUUGGGAUUCUUAGCAGAAAUAGAAACGAGGAGAGAUCUUCUUCGUUUGAUGAGUUCCAAUCUUCUCCCAUUAAAGGAAAUGAAUCCCAGAAAUCGAAUCCAUCCAUGCCGCAGAAAUGGUUCGAUUAUUCGGCAAAUGAUGAAGAAAAAUCGAGUCUUUAUGAAUAUCAACUUCAAGAUUAUCAUCAGCCUAAAUUUGAGCAGAAAUUUUCAAAUUUGAGAAGAAGCUGCAGCUCUUACCCUGAUCUCCGUGAAUUCCCAUCUUCUUCUUCGACAAAUUGGAGCUAUGGAGAUUAUCAAAUGAGAUAUUUCGAUGAUUUUCACGUCGAUUCGAGCCCGGUGGAGCUCCGCCGCCGCCGCCGUCACCGGAGCUUGGAUCGGGUUUAUUAUCCGACGUCGCCGCCGCCGCAGAUUAAGACUGUGGUUGUUGAUACAUUGGUGACUAAAAUCCGCCCAGAAAUAAAAAAAUUUCCGGCAGAAUUGUCGCCGCCGUGGACGGCGGCGCCGCUGCCGGAAGAUGAUGCGAUUGCGAAGCAGGUGGUUUAUGAGAGUGUGGCGGUUAGGGAGGAGAGAUCGAGCAGGAGAUUUUACAAAGAUUUGGAACCCAUGAAUCCGGUUUCGGCGCCGCUGCCGCCGGUGGAGGAAUUUCAGCCGCCGGAAUUUGAAGAAAGUCAGAAACGGAGCCGUGAAAGAGCGGCGCGGAGGAAGGAAAGGUCGAGUAGAAGGCUGAUUUAUGAAAAUGUGGGACCCACUAAUCCGAUCGCGACACCACCGCCGCCACCACCUCCGCCGCCGCCGCCGCCGCCGCAGCAGAUGAGCGGCAAAAGUGAGCGAAGGCGAGGCGGCGCGACGGAGGCGAAUUCGACGAAAUUCUUCUUGAAUUCUCUCUACAAGAAGAAGAAGAAGCAGCUAAAGAGCGUAGAUAAUGCGGAGUCUCUUCUCCGCGAGGCUCCGCCUCCGCUGAGCUACCGAAAUCCGCCGCCUCCGCCGCCACCGCCGUCGGUCUUCCACACCCUGAACUCUUCCAAGAAGCCCAAAGGGAAAAAGACCGUAACCGUCGCGCUAGAGCCCCUCCCGGCAUCUCCGCCGCCACAUGCGGCGGCGCGUGAAACUGACCCCGCUCCGCACGCGCCACCACCUCCCACCUACAGCCAACCAAAACCAGUAAAGAGUACAAAUUUCGACGGACCAGAAGAAUCCCAGAACAGCGGCGGCGAGUCCCCGUUCCGCCGCAUUCCGCCGCCUCCUCCGCCACCGUUCUCGACAGCUCCGGCGUGGAAGUUCAUGGUGCAAGGCGACUACGUGAGAGUCGACAGCAACAACAGCUCGAGGAGUGGUUCGCCGGACCUCGAGGAAACGGACUCCGACGUCACGCCGACGGCGGCGGGAGGUGACGGCGCGGCGGCGGCGUUGUUCUGCCCGAGCCCGGAUGUGAACUCGAAAGCUGAAAGCUUUAUCACUAAGUUUCGGGCCAACUUGAAGCUGGAGAAGAUCCAUUCUAUGAAGAAAAGAGACGUGGGCCCAUCUAGUCUCGGCCCAGGCCCAAAUCAUAUUUAG